GCAAAGGCUUUGAAUUUUAAACUUUUUUUCUGGACCACUUAGGCUAAAGGAGUGAAGGGAUAAUCCAUCCAGAAAUUGCGGUCCAAAAACCAUUGACGCAUAACAAAUAAUUUAUACAUCUCAAAAUGAGACGCCGUGUCGGCAUUGGAGCCAUACAACAGCAACAAAUUGCUGCCGAAAAACUAAAAGACAAGGGCACCGACUUACAGGAAAGCCAACUGGAACAGAUGACAAAACAAAUGGAAGUGUUUCGUGAAAAAUUGGAAGAGUUUUCGAUUAGCCAUAAACAGGAUAUUAAGAAAAAUGCCCAAUUUCGAAAACAGUUUCAGGAAAUGUGUGCAGCCAUUGGAGUCGACCCGUUGGCAUCGGGCAAAGGAUUUUGGAGCGUUCUCGGUAUGGGUGAUUUCUAUUAUGAGCUGGGUGUUCAAGUAGUGGAGGUAUGUUUGGCAUCAAAUCAUAAAACAGGUGGAUUAAUGGAAUUAAAUGAAUUACGACGUCGCCUGAUUGCAGCUAGAGGACAAAGCGCUGUUCAUCAGGAGAUAACAAAUGAGGACAUUCUAAUGGCAACAAAGAAAUUGAGCAUAUUUGGUAAUGGAUUUGUUGUUCACAAAUUGGGCAAGGGCAAAUACAUUGUCCAAUCUAUUCCCGGCGAAUUGAGUAUGGAAGAAACAACGAUUCUAACAUUGGCUUCUGAUACCGAACAAGGCUGUGUAACCCAUAACAUGCUUAUGGAACAAUUGGGAUGGCCAGAUUAUAGGGCACGUCAAUCCCUGGACAAAGUCAUUGGGGAAGGCUUAUGUUGGAUAGAUGAACAAGACACAGAACCCAGCUAUUGGUUUCCUAGUUUAUUUCCCGGUAGAACGACCCAAUUGAGCGCAUAGCAGUAAUAAUAUAUUCCUAACUAAAUCUCUAUUUGUUAUGGUUUUCUUUUCCAAAGUCGUAUUUAUUAACAUACAAAAUAAAAUAAAAAAUAAACAGUGUAUAGAAUAUUUAACAAUUAUAGCUAGAAAAUAUAUGUACACACAACCGUU